AGUACAAGUUGCUGCCAAAACGGAAAGACAGCCAGGCAGAGCAGGCGGCAGGCGGUAGGCAAGCGGAUUGUCGGACGGACAGGUGUCCUUGCUGUAGCGUAGUCCGCAGCCAAGUCAAACGAACCGAGCACGCCACGGGUUGCGGACGAAUUCCUUGGAGAUUCUUAUAGAGAGACAGCUCCUUCGGGGAGGAGCUCCUGGAACAGGAGUAAAAGUGAAAGUGCAAGUAGGGUCGGAGGACGGAGCACCAUGAAACCAGCACUCGAGACCACCGACGAGGGCGAAGAGGACGGCGAAGGGCAAGAUCAUCACGAGGGGGAUCCGCGGCCGCUGCCCUACGACUUCGAAAAGGAGCUGAUCCAAAAAUCCAAUCGAUACAUUCGACUUUACGAAUCCUUUGUUCCAGUGAGCCAAGUCCAUCCACUGACCCGAAAGUUCUACGCCCAGUACGAGCAACGUCAGCCUCCAGAUCCGUUGGCAUACCUCCGCCACACUUGGCCGGAGAAGCAGCUGGAGCGCCAGAAGCAACUGGCGAAGGCUGUUCCGCUCCUGGAGUCCCAGGUUUACGGGUGGCUGCCGCUCCAAAGUGGCGAGUGCGCUGCAAAUCUCAACUUUUUACAUGCCCCAAAACUGCGCUGUGGCAUGACUGUUCACGGGGAGCGAUUGAUUGCGGAAAGGAUUACGGCGCGACCUCCUUUCAACGGACUUAGAUUCCUGCUCCACUAAUCUACCGUCUCUCACACCGAUGGGAU